AUGCCAGGAACAAUGACUGAGCAUGAGAAUCUUUUAAGUCUUGUUUCAAUUGAAGUACUCAUAAAUCAAGUUCAUCUUGAUCUCAAUAUAGAAUGUCAUUUUCCAUGUAUAGUUUUUCGUUUACUCGAUUAUCCUGCUGUAUCGAUACCUUAUUUUGAUCAAUGGCAACUGGAAGAAUUUAAUGAUUUAAAGCGUAAUCAUCCAAAUCUAACAUGGCGACAAUUACUCUCGGAUCAAUUUUAUGAACUUCGGUCAGCCAAUGGAAAAUUUAAUUUUAAACGUGGAAAAUCGUGUUUAUUUAAAACUUAUUUUAAAACAUUAUAUACACAUUUAUUAAAUGUACCACUUUUCCUUUUACUUAUUGAUCAAAUCAAUAAUAAAGAUGAUGUAAAUCCAAAUACAACACAAUUUAUUGGUAGUUGUAAUAUCAAAUUGAAUGAAUUGAUUGAAAAAUUAAAUCAGGCAAUUACAAAAAAUGGCAAUGAUAUUCCUCUUGUUGAACAAGAAACAUUUAAUUGUACGCUCUUCAAUCUAAUGGGUACGCGUAUUGGUACUUGCGAUGUUGCUGUUCGUUUUUGUCAUUAUGGUACAACUAUUGUAACACAUUUACCUAUGCUUGAUGAUGGAGCUGUGGUAAAAACUGAUAAAAAAGCUGUGAAUGGCAAUAAAGAAAAAAUAAAUGCACCGAUAUCAUCACAUCUGCCACCGCCACCGCCACCGCCACCGCCACCACCACCGUCAUCAUCAUCACAACCAACAGAUACGAUUGUUAAACAUAUUCAUUUUGUAAAUGGAAAGAAAGAUGUUGGUUUACAAUUAUCACGUAGUGAUCUUCCAUCAUCAUUAACUAAUAAUAAAUCGGCUCAGACACGUUGGACAAGUACAAAAUCUCAUCCAACUGGUUAUGAUCAUUCCAAAGGUCGAUAUUUACGUACAAAAGAAGAUCCAUUACUCGAUGAUGGAUUGAUUACUUCGUAUCAACCGCCACCACUUUACUUUAAUUCGAAUUCGGAUUUUCUACAAAUGAUGACACCAACAAACGUGAAAUGUGUUGAUCAUGCAAAGGAAAAUCGUCUAUCUUAUCUUGCAUCAAUUCCAAUUGCUAGUUUUAACGAUGAUUAUGGCUUUGAUGACGAAGAUGACGAUAAUAAUGUUAAACAUCAACAACAACCGAAAUCAAAAACUGUGCAUAAUGUUCGUUUUAAUUUGUCUUCAUCGUCAUUAUCCGUGCGACCACCUCCGCCAUCAGCUGUUGUUUCUCAAACUAAAAUGACAUCAAAAGAACGACCAUUAGCAAAAGAUUUCCUACAUAAUUUUCCACUUCUUCGUGCACUAGUUGAAGAAGCUUUAGCCUUACAAGAAUAUGAACAGGGUGAACCCGUAUCAAUCAAACGUAGUGAUUCUACUGAAAGAACACAUUCUGCUGAACAAAAACGACAAGAAAAUUUUAAACGAAGUUCGACUCGACCUAAAUCAGCAGCAAAUAUUCAUUCAGCUCGAACAAAAUCUGUUAUUGUCACAAGAAAUAUCAAUAAUACUCGUCGACUCUAUCCACCUCCACAAGACACACGACAUUUGUUAGUAACAAAAAAUGAUGUAAGAAAUUUAGUCGAUCGACUUUCCAAACCAAAAUUCAAUAAACGAUUGGAACGAGAAAUUGCUCUAGCAGAGCAUAUGACAAGAGUUGAUGAAACUGUUUCUACUCCACGCCUUCCAACAAAACCAGUUUAUAUUCAACCGACCUCUACUCAUAAGAGUAUAGUAACACAAAAGCCACCACUGUCGUAUGGCACGACACGUGCUCAUCGAUUGUAUACCGAAUUUGCUCGAGCUCGUCGUGCUGCUUAUGAACUUCCAGUGGCUACGCCACCUAAAUCUCCAGUAUCACCACGAAAAGAAUCAUCAUCGAAUGGUCGUAUUCUUCCAUUGUCACCUCAAUUACUGAAUACUGGCACGCUUUCACAUUUUUCUCUUCUAAACAAAGUUGAUAUAGAUAGCGCAACGAUCGAUAGAAAUAGUAUGCCAAAAUCAUCAUCAUCAGAUCAGUUACAACCAAGAACUGGUCCAAGUAUGAAAUCAUCAUCAACAACAAGCUAUGAUGCAUCAAAAGAAUUGAAUCAAUCAUCAUCGUCAUCGGAAUCAACACCAUCUGAACAGGAUCGUCUAAACAAUGAUAAAAAUGAUUUAGCAUUUUCAAUUACUGAUGUUACCGAUUAUUUUACCGAUGGUGGUAAUGCUUCAAGUACUCGACCAUCAACACGGCAAUCGACAUGA